AUGCACAUUCUGCUCACUAAUGAUGAUGGCCCACCCGACGCCAGAGCUUCGCCCUAUAUACGCCACUUCAUUCAACACAUUCUUCAGAGCCGACCCGAUUGGCGUCUCACAGUGUGUGUGCCAGAUCAGCAACGGUCUUGGAUUGGAAAAGCCAUAUUUGUAGGCCAGGAUGCCCAUGCCAGAUUUGCGUAUAUGAGCCGAGAUGCGGCUGAUGAUGUUCUUCUCGGCCCUUAUCUGCAGCCUCAACGUUCCAUGCAUGGAGCACGUCUUCCAUGCAUAUCUAAUAACAGCAUCGCUUCAGAUGCCAUUGAAUUCUGUCUGGUUGACGGUACGCCUGCUACAGCAACUGACGUUGGACUACACCAUUUGACAACUCACCAGUUUGACCUUGUAGUGUCAGGCCCCAAUGUGGGUCGCAAUUCGUCGGCCGCUUACAUGACUUCUAGUGGCACCAUUGGGGCCGCUAUGGAGGCUGUGCUCACUGGACGCGUGCGCUCUGUGGCAUUAUCGUGGGCAUAUUUUGAUGGUAACAAGUACGUUGCUGACCACAUAAUGCGUAGUGCUUCAGAACAGAGUUGUCGGGUCAUCGAGCAUCUACUCGAAAACUGGAGCCCCGACACGCAACUUUACAACGUAAACGUCCCGCUACUUGAGUCUUUGUCGUCUGAUACAAAGGCAAUCUACACCAGCAUUCUAGAAAACCAGUGGUGUUCGGUGUACAGUAAUGGAUUUGAUGCUGAUGCUGGUAAAGGGGCUGGCGCACAGGACCAGUUUGGCGAUGUUAACGCUGAGGGCAAAGGUAUAACUUUCAAGUGGCAACCUGAUUUCAGUAAGCAACGUGAGGCCAUUUUUGCUAGUCCUGUGGACAGUAAAAACGAUGGGCGAGCCAUUGAGGCAGGACUCAUUAGCGUUACGCCACUUCGUGCGGUCUUCCACCAAGUUCAAGGCCUUUCUGGUGAGCUAACUUUGAAAAAGAAACUUAGAGACGUACCUUUAGGAGACGAAAGUGGCGAAAGAAUUGCUAGCGAUGCGUCUGGUUUUCUAUUACUCACUUUGCCUUCCGACGAGUACAUCUACAAACCGCUCACUGAGGCAAUUAAAAAUCGCCUACCCAAUGUUCAAAUUGUUCAAUCUCACCCAAAAACUGACAAAAAUACUAAAAUUUUACACUACGGUGACUAUGAACACAUUGACAUGGACAAAUUGGUCGCAAACGGUACUUACUUCGCUAAUACCUACGUGUAUCGCAAGGCACUUAUUCGCAAACAUUUUCUCGCGCAUACGAUACAUUCUUACGUUGUUAAGAACCCUGAAUCCGCAUUGUGCAACGCAUAUCUUGAAACAUUCACUAUCGAUGUGGAUUACGCCGAAUUUUUAGAUGAUGCGUUGGAUGAGAAUUGGGAGUUAAGACAAGAAUUAGAAAGUGGUGACAAAUGGUGGAUUCUGAAACCUAGCAUGAGUGAUAAGGCCCAGGGUAUACGAGUCUUCAGGACAAUUGCAGAUCUUCAAACCGUAUUUGAAUCCUUUGACGAAGAACCCACGGACGAUGAAGGGGAGGCUGAUCCGAACAGCAUUGUUACUUCUCAGCUACGUCACUUCAUUGUUCAAGAAUACCUAGCCGAUCCUCUGUUGUUGCCUUCUGCUGACUUCCGAAAGUUUCAUAUUCGCUGCUACGUCACUUGUAUGGGAGACCUCGAAGUUUACUUGUACGACCGAAUGCUAGCACUUUUCGCACCGGCACCUUUUGUUAAACUAACUAAGGACUAUAAUGCUACAAGUUCUGAUGACUUAGCUUGUCAUCUCACCAAUACAUGUCUGCAAAAGGAAGAGCAAAGUAAUGGGAAUUCUGUGAAAGAGCUAGAUACGCUAGAAGAUUUGUCCGCUAGCGAUAGGUUGAAGAUCAAAUCACAAAUCCACGAGAUUACUCGAGAACUUUUCUUGGCAGCUGUUACCACUAACAGAAUGAGCUUUCAGCCGUUGGCAAAUGCGUUUGAGACGUACGGCUUAGAUUUUUUGGUAGAUUCAUUCAUGAAUGUCAAGAUCCUGGAGGUUAAUGCUUACCCAGACUUUAAACAAACGGGGACGGAACUGAAAGGUCUUAUUGACGAGCUUUUCGAUGAAAUAACUAAAAACUGUAUCGUUCCUCUUUUCCAAGGCGACAAAACAAGCUGUGAGAUGUCAAACUUUGUCAAAGUGCUCGAUCAUCAGUCUCAUGACUGGUGA